CUUCCCUGAGUAUUUGGAGCCAGGAAAUACACAUGAAGUGGCUUGUGCUCCUCGGGCUGGUGGCCUUCUCAGAGUGCAUAGUUAAAAUACCUCUAAGGAGAGUGAAGACCAUGAGAAAUGCCAUCAGUGGAAAAAACACGCUGAACAAUUUGCUGAAGGAGCAUGCUUACAGACUGCCCCAGAUUUCUUUUCGUGGCUCCAAUCUAACUCACCCACUGAGAAACAUCAGGGAUUUGUUCUAUGUGGGUAACAUCACCAUUGGGACACCCCCUCAGGAAUUCCAGGUUAUCUUUGACACAGGCUCAUCUGACUUGUGGGUGCCCUCCGUCUUUUGCAACAGCUCAACCUGUGCUGCACACGUUAGGUUCAGACAUCAUCAGUCUUCCACCUUCCGGCCUACCAAUAAGACCUUCAGGAUCACCUAUGGAUCUGGGAGAAUGAAAGGAGUUGUUGUUCAUGACACAGUUCGGAUUGGGGACCUUGUAAGUACUGACCAGACAUUCGGUCUAUGCCUGAAAGACUCUGGGUUUAAGGGCAUACCUUUUGAUGGCAUCUUGGGCUUGAGCUACCCCAACAGAACCUUCUCUGGAGCCUUCCCCAUCUUUGACAAGCUGAAGAAUGAAGGUGCCAUUUCUGAGCCUGUUUUUGCCUUCUACUUGAGCAAAGACAAGCAGGAGGGCAGUGUGGUGAUGUUUGGUGGGGUGGACCACCGCUACUACAAGGGGGAGCUCAACUGGGUACCAUUGAUCCAAGCGGGUGACUGGUUUGUACACAUGGACCGCAUCACCAUGAAAAGAAAUGUUAUUGCUUGUUCUGAAGGCUGCAAGGCCCUUGUGGACACUGGGACAUCAGAUAUCGUAGGCCCAAGUACACUGGUCAAUAACAUCUGGAAGCUCAUCCGUGCCAGGCCACUGGGUCCUCAGUACUUCGUUUCAUGUUCUGCGGUCAAUACCCUGCCGUCUAUUAUCUUCACCAUCAACGGCAUCAACUACCGACUGCCAGCUCAAGCCUACAUCCACAAGGUAUACGGGAGGCAGAAGGAGAACCAGCAUUCUCUGCAGAGAAAACAAGGAGCAGGAAUCAGAAGAAAAGAAACAGGGAGUGAGGGGAACUAUGGACACACUUGUUCUUUUCUAAAAAAUUUAUUUGAAGUGUGGCUACUCUUCAGUGUUGUGUUAAGUUCUGCCGCACAACAAUGUGACUCAUUAUACACAUAAAAAUUUUUUUUCUUAUUCUUUUUCAUGUGGUUUAUCACUGAAUAUUGAAUAUAGUUCCUUAUCCUCUACAGUAGGACUUUGUUGUUUUUCAUUCCUGUGUUUGCCCAACUCCCAGUCCUCCACUCACCACACCCUUCCUCAUGACAACCUCAUGUCUUGGCCCUCUUUGCUUUUGGAUGAACUCUCAUAUCCCCUGCUGCUGAGAAAACCCCUUGAUACUUACCAAAAGAGGGAAAUAAAACAAAGAAUUGUGCUGGGUUUGGAUAUUGGGGGGAGUCACUGGUAAGGACUCAUG